UUCUGGGUGUUGGUAGAGAUUUGGGAGGCUCUCCAAGGUCUGUAACCCUCUGGGAACAACUGGAGCUGUAGCUCCACCCCAUGAGGUCUGUGAGCUCCUCAACAGCAGAGCUCUGCAGGGACCCUGGAUGUGGAGAGCAUCCAUCUGCCCAGCCUGUGCCAGACACUGUCAGGGGGAGGGAGGAUGCUGUGGUGGAGCACCAGGAAGGUCUGCAUGGAGAGCUGAGGUGGGAAUCAUCCACUGGCCCUGCCCAACCAGCCCAGGCAGCAUGUUCCCAGUUCAGGUUUCACCUGCCAGCACAGCUGAUGCUUCGGGGGUGUCUGGUUGCCCGUGGAUGGGAGUGGGAAAAGCUGAGGAUGGAGGGGAUUGAGCAAUGAGCAAUCCCUGCCAAGGCUCAGUGUCCAGCGUGGGAAGUGCAGUUCCUUCCAUCCAGCCCUGCCCUCCCUCCACACGCUGUUUCUGGCUCUCAUUUCUUUGGCAGAAAAUUCACAUUCUCAUCCCCUCUCUCCUCCCCUCGGCUGUGGCAGCUCCUUUCCAUCACUUCCCCACUUCUCCUCCUGCCUGUGGGCUGGAAGGGCCCCUGGAGCCUUUGAGGAGAUGCUGCUGUGAAAACCAUUGUCCCAAAGGAAGAGCCGGGAGCUCCAGGAGCUGCUGGUGCUGCUGCAAGAGGACACAGGCAAGGUGUGUUUUGCAGAGGACCUUUGGCUCGGCCCCUGUGCCAGGCCCCAGCCCUGGGAUGCAGCCCGUGGCCCUGCAGAGCCUGUCCGAGCUGGAGAGGGCCAGUCUGCAGGAGCUGGCGCUGUUCCGGCUGCAGGAGAGGCUGCCCCUGGGGCACCUCAGUCUGGACAGAGAUGGCUCCAAAGGCAUUAAAUCCAUCCGGCAGAAGCUGGAGAGCUUCUCGAAGGAGAGGAAAGAGUGCUCUCCCCACACCUUCGGGGUCCCGCUCCCCCAGGUCAUCGCCAACGACCGCGCCUGCCGCCAGCUGCAGGAGGCCGUGGGCAAGAGCCGGCGGCUCUGCCUGGAGGUGGAGGCCACGGUGACCAGGUUCCGGGCUCAGAGGCAGAGGAGGUUGGGAAUGGGCACCAGCUGUAUCCGGGCACCCGACGGGGGCUGCCCAGAGGAGCCGCCUUCCCCAGCUCUUGUGGACAAGAGCUCCUGGAGCCAGCGGAGGGGGGCCAUGUCCGUGGAUUCCAUCACGGACCUGAGUGACAACGCCUCCGAGCUGCUGGAGGCCCUGCAGCUCUCACACCCCCACGAGCUGCACCCUCGCAGGAGCCGGGGCAAGAAGAAGCCACUGAGCCUGAACCCCAUCACCUGGCAGGUGCCACGGAUUGUGGACAGGUGCUGCACUCACCUUGAGACACACGGGCUCCAGACUGUUGGCAUCUUCCGUGUCGGGAGCUCCAAGAAAAGAGUCCAGCAGCUGAGGGAAGAGUUUGACCGAGGGCUGGAUGUUUUCUUGGAUGAGCAUCAAAGUGUUCAUGAUGUGGCUGCCCUGCUCAAAGAGUUUCUCCGGGAUAUGCCAGAUUCCCUGAUUCCCAGAGAGCUCUAUGGAGCCUUCCUCAGCACAGCCACCCUGGAGGGGCCGGCCCAGCUGGACACCCUGCAGCUGCUGCUGUUCCUGCUGCCCCCGUGCCACAGUGACACCCUGCUCCGGCUCCUGCGCUUCCUGGCCAAGGUGGCCCAGCACGCUGAGAGCUCCUGGGACCCCGAGGGCCGCAAGAUCCCUGGGAAUAAAAUGACAGUGUCAAACCUGGCUACAGUCUUUGGUCCCAACAUCCUGCAGAAGGAAAAGCCUGGAGAGAAAGAUGCCAGUGCCCUGAACUUUGAGGACAGUGCUGCCAUAAUCCUGGUGCUCCAGAGGCUGAUCGAGCACCACCACUCCCUGUUCAUGGUGUCUCCAGAGAUGCAGUGUGACGUGCUGAGGAGGCUGUUCCAGACAGACCCCGAUGUCAUUGAGUACCUGCUGCGCAGGAAAUUCCCUGACGUGCUGAGCCCAGAGUGUGAGGAUCCCGGGCAGGACCUCGCUCUGCCCGCGCUGCCCGGCUGGACACACAGCCUGGAGCGAGGCUCGGUCUCCUCGGAGCUCUACAGCAACGUCUCCUUCCUAAACCUGGAUGUUGGCAUCUAGCAAGCCCUGGCCAGGCUCCCUGGACAAAACCAGGCAGCUUUUCCCAGCAAAACCCAGCCCCUGCCUCACUCUGGGGCCAGCCCCUGUGCCUGUGCCCUGGGGGCAGAGCUGUACUCGGGGCUCACCUGCCAGGCUGGCACCUCCCUGUGGGUCCAACCACUGCCACGUCCUCAGCACAGCCCUCUCUGCCACCUCCUUCUCACAGGACCUCGGGGAAUGGCUUUCCAUCCCUAGACCUGGGAGCACUCUUGGGAGGACAGGCUGAGGAAGCUGGGACUGCUCAGCCAUGAGAAGAGAUGGCUCAGAGGGACCUUAUCUGUCGCCCUGUUCUUCUAAGUUCUUCUAAGCCUUCUGAUGUUUACAUUCUUCUAAUGAAGUUUCUCACGCACUUUUAUGUAAUUAAUUAUUGUUUUACAUUCUUCUCUAGAGGAGGAGAAAUUUGAUGGACUGUUGGUUUGUCCAGUGCCAUUGGGGAGGUAGCACUUUCAUCCUCCAAUGCACUGUCACUUUUGAAAGUCUAUAAAUAUUAGAGUCAAGAAAUAAACUUCCCUCCUUCUUCUUCUUCUCACCCUGAA